AAGUGUAUUAUUCACUGCACCGACGAUAGCAGUGAUUUAGUUAAUCCUAAAGACGAGGAGUCGUGGAAAACCUUGCUAAGAGCAGCACAGAUUCGAAAUCAUCAAGAAAUCGUAGAACUUUCGAAGUCUUUAAGCGAAGGAGAAGUCCCGCUCAUUUACUACCAUCGAAAGUGUCGAAGCAUUUUUACAAUGAAACAGUUAUUAGAUAAAUUAUCCCAGCAAUCAUCCAAUAGCCAGACUCAACCGGAAAAAGUGGCUAAGAGAGUCUCUAUUCGAGGAUCUUCCAAUAUUUCCACAACAUACGAACGCAUUUGUAUUUUUUGUGAAAAGCCAAAACAUUUUAAGGGUACAAGGAAUCGUGAGCCUUUAGUACAAUGCCGAGAUAUGCGUGCAGAUAGCUCUAUCAGAAAGAUAGCUACACAAAAGAAUGACAGCAAGAUUCUUGCCCUUGUGUCGCGCGAAUUAGUUGCAGCAGAGGCUUGUUAUCACAGGACAUGCUACAGGAGUUACACUAGACCAGAAGCAAGCAGCAGUGUGAACCCUGAUAUGAGCAGUGAAUCUCCGGAUGAUGAAUAUGCCCGUCUAGAGUCUGAUGCUUACCAGAUGCUUUUUGACUUCAUCAGGUCAGAUGUGAUAGAAAACGAGAAAGUCGUGAGGCUGUCUGAGAUGACGCAGUUACUUGUACAGUAUCUAAUGUCAUUAGAAGCUAAGGAAUGUAAGCCAUCAACAAAGAAGCAUAUCAAAAGGAACAUAGAAGCAGAAUUCAAUGAGUUGAUCAAGUUUGAAAACUUGCUAGACAACAACCGUGUAUUCCUAAUCCCUGCUAACCUAACACCAGUGCAAAUCGCCAGAAAUGUACUGAAUAUCCUUAUGGCAGAAAAAGAAGACAAAGGCUCAACAACAAAGAUCUCAAAUAUUCAGAAAGCUGCAGCUGACAUCCGCGAUGCCAUUCGAAACGAAGAAAGUAGAAUGUCAUGGCCACUGCGCCCUUCAGAGCUCAAUGACAGCGCCAUAGAGGUCCUUGAAGAGCUAAGUGUGUUUUUGUAUACCUUGCUAACUGGCAACAAAGAUUCGUCAGAGGGAGAAUGUUGUCAAAGAGUCCAGCGGUUUAUGAAGUCGUUCGCGCAAGACCUAGUAUUUGGAGUAACCAGAGGGAGGAUUAAGCCGCCUAAACAAAUUCUUCUCUCGUAUGCUGUAAAAACUCUCACAAACAAUGUUGAGCUAGUGUCUAUACUAAACCGUUCUGGUCAUGGUAUUUCUUAUUCCCAGCUUGAAGAAAUUAACACUGCUCUUUGUAUGCAGAAAAUGGCAACAACAACAAGUGAAAUUCCUCUACCUGCCAAUAUACAACCUCAUGUUAGUACCACAUUAGCAUGGGAUAAUAUUGACCGACUCGAAGAGACUCUUUCAGGUGAAGGCACUUCACACCGUCUAAACGGCAUAGCAGUACAGGCGAGACAUUUUGGCCCCCAUCCCCUCACUGAGCAGCCACCUGGGAUCAGUAAAAGUAAGCAAAGGAAGAGCAUAUGUUGAAGUAAACGACGAGGAAGCGUUAGAAAAUGCCCGAAGAAAAAACCUUUUGUGGGUUUUAGUGCGCCUACAUGCACAGAUGAACCAGAAAGUUAGUGGAUGGACUGGCUAUAACAUUUUGGUGCGCAACGAAAUUGAGGCUCGUCAAGACAAUAUCGGAUACCUUCCCACCAUUGAUGCACCUGCCACUAGCAUGUCAACUGUUCAUGAGAUUUUGGUCCGCUCCGAGAAGAUAAGAGAAGCUCUUGAACUGAAGAGCGUAGUACUCGUAUUUGAUCAAGCUCUGUAUGCCAAGGCAACAGAGAUAGCUUGGAAACAUCCAGACAAGUUUUCAGAUAUUGUUAUUCGGAUGAGUGUCUUCCCUACAGUGUGCACACUUCUUUCCAUAAUCGGGAAGAGAUUCCAAGACCCUGGUUUAAGGGACGUUUGCAUUGAAUCAGGGGUAAUUGCUGAAGGUUCUGUGACAGGAGUUCUUGAAGGACGUAGAUACAACCGUGCUGUCAGGUUUCAUAAACUGAUGUAUGAAGCACUCCAAAGACUUAUCUGGAAAGGAUUUCAGACGUGGGUAGAAGUAAAGUUCACCGAGAAGAAACCGUUUAUCCAAGAUUUCUUUGUCGGAUUGAAACCGUUAUACGACAACCUGUGCCAAAAGGAACAACAGAGGGUCUUGGAUAGUCAAAGUUUCCCAGAGUUUAUCACACUGUACGAUAUGUACCUUGACUAUCUACGCAAUAACAACGGGAAACUAUCUAGUUUCUGGAUGUCAUACAUUGAUCUCGUUGACAUUCUGCUGAAUAUGGUGAGAGCAUCAAGAGAAGGACAUUGGGAGCUACAUUUAUCAGCCAUUGAACAAAUGAUACCAUGGUGCUUUGCCUAUGAUAACGUAAAUUAUGCCCGCUAUUUACCUGCAUACCUGUCUGAGAUGAUCCACCUCGAAGAGACCCAUCCUGAGGCUCAUGAAUUUCUUAAGUCUGGUGGAUUCUCUGUCCAGAUCGGCGACCAAAACCCCUUUGGUAGGGUUCCAGUUGAUCAAACAUGCGAGGAGACGGUCAAUAAGGACACCCAGACAGCCGGGGGCACCAAAGGCUUCAGUCUUAAAGCAGGAGCAAUUAGCAAGUAUUAUAUAGUGUCUGAAUAUCGCAGUAUUUUUUUGAAGCAGCUGAGGGACAUGCUAAAUCUAAGCAAAUCCAAUUCUGGGCAUACUGAUCUUCAAAAAACAAGAAUUGUAAGAGACGAGGCUGACGUGAAGUCGCUGAUUGCUAUGCUAGAAAGCAACUGGAUAAACCCAUUCAGUGCUGAACAGCAGGAUCUGGUAUGCUUGUCAACCGGAAAGGUUGCCACCCAAAAGAUAGAGGAAGACUUGUUGGGCGCAAAAGCUGUUGGGGAAAAGGCAUACAAAGAAUUUCGUGCACAGCGAUUGGAGGCAAAUCCACCAGUCAAAUUUCACGCGACCCUGAAGAAAUCAAAGCUGAAGACAUUCUCUGAUCUUAACAAGAAGGUGAAAUUCAAGAGCAAAACAGCAAACGAGAUCAUCCUAAAAGCUGAUAGAGCUCUUUUUGGUCAAAUGGUUAUAAUUGCAGAAAACAGACAACUUCACAUGAGAGAUGUCCUCUGUCAUCCGUUGGGACCUCUUCCUUGGGCACUAUCCACAGUAGAUGGGUCACUACGGAAAACCAGCAAAGCAGCACUAGCAAAGGAGCUGCAAAAGAAUGUACCUGCUGCGAAGGAAAUUCCUCAGCCAUCUGCAUGCAUCAUAGAUGGCAUGGUACUAGUGCAACGGUUGAAAGGUGACCAUAAGAAGUUUUCAGAUGUUGCUGACUCCUUGUUUGGAAUGGUUCUACAUGAGGGUGCAUCCUCGAAGAGAAUUGACGUUGUCUUCGAUGUGUAUAGAGAGAAUUCAAUUAACAAUACAGAAAGAGAGCAUCGAGGAGCUGAGUAUGGAAAUGAAUUUAGAAAUCUCCAACCCGACCAUAAGGUGCAGCAGUGGAGAAAGUUCCUCCUGAAUCCGCAGAAUAAGAAAGCCUUAACAAUAUUUGUGACCAAAGAAUGGAAACAAGAAAAGUAUAGAAGAAAGCUCACAGACAAGGUCCUAUUUGUAGCCUGUGAAGAAGAGUGUCACCAAAUCUCCCCAGAG